AUGGCCGUACGCUGUCAAUCUCCGUUGCAGUUGAAGCUCCACCACAUAUCGACCACCAACUCCACCACGCAGCCACGCCCCACAGUUACUUUCUUUCCCAAAUCCCACCUCCAAUCCUCCCUCAAAUUCAACCUCUCCGUCUCAGCAGUUCCUAAAUCUGUUGCCGUCACAGCCGAACCCGAACCCGUUUUCACCUCCGUCAAGACUUUCGCCCCAGCUACCGUUGCCAAUCUCGGGCCGGGUUUCGACUUCCUGGGCUGCGCCGUUGACGGAAUCGGAGAUUAUGUUACCCUUCGGGUCGACCCGAAUGUGCACCCUGGUGAGGUAUCCAUUUCUGAUAUAUCAGGUGCCGGUUCCAAGCUCAGCAAGAACCCACUUUGGAACUGUGCUGGUAUUGCAGCCAUUGCCGUUAUGAAGAUGCUUAAGAUUCGAUCUGUUGGGCUUUCCCUUUCCCUUGAGAAAGGCCUUCCCCUCGGCAGUGGCCUAGGCUCCAGCGCAGCCAGUGCUGCCGCAGCUGCUGUAGCUGUAAAUGAAUUGUUUGGUGGGAAGUUAUCUGUGUCCGAGCUCGUCCUUGCCGGGCUUGAAUCGGAGUCGAAGGUGUCUGGUUAUCACGCAGACAAUGUUGCUCCCUCCAUCAUGGGAGGAUUUGUUUUAAUUAGAAGCUACGAUCCUCUGGAAUUGAUGCAAUUGAAAUUUCCCCAUGAAAAAGACUUGUUUUUCGUUCUUGUUAAUCCGGAAUUUGAAGCUCCCACUAAGAAAAUGAGAGCUGCAUUGCCACUGGAGAUUACAAUGUCCCACCAUGUGUGGAAUUGCAGUCAGGCAGGGGCAUUGGUUGCAUCGGUGUUGCAAGGGGACCUCAGAGGCUUUGGGAAGGCACUGUCAUCGGACAAAAUAGUGGAGCCGAGGAGAGCGCCAUUGAUUCCAGGAAUGGAGGCUGUGAAGAAGGCUGCCAUUGAGGCUGGUGCAUUUGGAUGCACAAUUAGCGGGGCAGGCCCCACUGCAGUGGCCGUGACAGAUGAUGAGGAGACUGGCCGAAAAAUUGGGGAAAGGAUGGUGGAAGCUUUUUUGGAUGGAGGGAAUUUGAAGGCCUUGGCUAUGGUCAAGCAACUUGAUAGAGUCGGUGCUAGGCUUGUUAGUAGUAUUCCCAGAUAA